GUAACAACGGGAACUAACAUUUCUCUGAGAAAUUGUUAAAUUGGUUUACGCAGUGGAUUUGUGUGCAGCGCCAUCAACGCGUGAUAAGAUGAAUCGUGAGAAGCGGUUGUGAGGGCUGUAAUACACAUUUAUGUGUGGAAAUUUAAUUAACACUUCGCCGAAGUAUUGCUUUGGGGUUGCACCAUAGAUCCCAGACAGAUUUUUGAAAUCGGCUGUGAAGCCGAUAGUCACGAGACGCAGAAGUGCUACGAAAAUAAAAUUAAAAAUCAAUUUCGAGGUUUCUAGAAGAAAAGGCCAUCCGAGAGGCGGACGAUCUGCCAGACUUUCCGGGCCGACGCGGGGAUAUUUUCAGAUAAUCGGGAGCUUCAGCAAGUAUGGCUGCUCUACCACGGAGGAUUAUCAAAGAAACACAAAGAUUAAUGCAAGAACCAGUUCCUGGUAUAAGCGCUGUGCCAGACGAUACAAAUGCUAGGUAUUUUCAUGUAAUUGUAACUGGACCUGAAGAUUCACCAUUCGAAGGUGGACUUUUUAAACUCGAAUUGUUCCUACCUGAAGAUUAUCCAAUGUCUGCUCCUAAAGUUAGAUUCAUUACAAAAAUUUAUCAUCCAAAUAUAGACAGAUUGGGCAGGAUUUGCUUGGAUAUACUCAAAGAUAAAUGGAGUCCUGCUCUUCAAAUCAGAACAGUUUUAUUGUCAAUACAAGCAUUAUUAAGUGCGCCAAAUCCAGAUGAUCCUCUGGCAAAUGACGUAGCCGAACUUUGGAAAGUAAAUGAAAGUGAAGCAAUACGUAAUGCCAAAGAGUGGACUCGAAGAUAUGCUAUGGACAACUGAUCUCAGAUCAUCCAUGAUGAAAAGUGACGUUACCCCUAUCUUUCCGAGUUUACCGAUCACUUUACCCGCACCAGCUGCGUACCCUGCACCUGUGUCCACAAUUUUGCUAUAAAAAUAAUAAAAGUUUUGUAAGAGUAAAACAGAAUGAAACUGUAUUUUCUAUAUUGCGGGGAAUACAAAGAUGUCGUGUUUAGAUUUCUUCAACGAUUUAUCAAGCAGAUUUGUAAAGAAUCUUCUGAAAUUGAGAAAAUUAUCAAUUGUAUGAAGAUUUGCAUUUCAGCAAGAAGGUAUAAUUUUAAUGAAUUACUAGUUUUUACUUAAAAAAAAAAAAAAAAAACAAAAAAACAAAACAUUACCUUUGUAGUAAAAGUAAGUGAAUGUAGUAUAUUGCGUAAACGUUUUUCUUUUUUUUUUUUAUAUAUGAUUACAGAAUGGCUUGUGCAAUCAGUAACUUAUAGCCUUUAUUUCGGUACCUUUAAUGUAUCCCUAAAGACAGAAACAGUACCGGGUCGUUCAUUAUAAUAUUAUACUAAUAUAAUUAUAUUUUCUGUAUUUCAUAAUGUCUACUAACUGGUUGUCUGAUAAUCUUUAUGUAUUUAUGAUUUACGCGAGUUUGAUGAAAUAAUGGUAUUUCAAUUCGCGAUGGCAUUUAUUUAUACUUGGUCCUGCGUAUAAAAAGUAUCGAUACCAUUCGCAAAUGCAAUGUUCCAUUUUUUAAGUUGUAUAGUUAAUGUAAUACCAUUUAUAAUAUUGCUGGAAUUUAUUUAUUAGUAUAUUGUUGUAAGACAAAAGAUUUUUCUCAUUUACAGAAAAUUUCAAUUGUUUCUCAUCACAACAAAACUCAUUUUACUCAUGAUUAUAUUUAUUUACAUUUUUACUGUGUAAAUACAUACAAUUGAGAGAAAAAGUUUCCUAUCUACUGCUUCCAUUUUUUUUGUUUUUUUUUUCUUUCUCUAAUAUAAAAUUGCUUCCGGAAUAUGAAAAGCGAAAAUUCAAAGUAUUCCUGUUUUUCGCGUCAUUUGUAGUAAUAUCUGUAGGAUAAAACUACAAAAUUCUCGAACAUGUACUUAUAUAUUUUGAAAAAGAAAACAGAUUUUAAAUCACAAAUAAGUAUAUGUUUCGUAAUGACAUAUAUAUUUAAAUAUUUUUUAUAUUUAAAUAUUUCUUUUUAAUUGUUGUUUCCGUGAUAUUUAAAAUAGAAGGUUUAAUAAAUAAAAUGGACAGUACAUUUAUGAAUUUAUUCAUACUACAUCCUCAAAGUAUUCAGUUAAUAAUUAAUUUGAUGUUCAUAUAUUAUUUUUAAAAUGAUUAUAAGUUAUUAAGAGGAUUAAAAUUAACUAUUAAUAGAAAAUUGGGAUACAACAUUUUCGUGUAUUUAUAAAUUUGAUGAAUAUUAUCGAAACUUUCCCAAUUUAAAAUGUAUUUAAUCUGUGAUUAACGAAAGUAAAUUUUCAAAUCGUUUAUUUACUAAUUCACUAAUUCAUUGAUAUUUUUAUUAAAGAAUUCGAACAACCAGUUGGUAUGUUUGUGAAUCUAAUGCUUGUAUUUGUAUAAUAUUUUAACAAACAAUGAAGCUUACCUUAAAUAUUAUAAAAGGACACUGGGAUCGGUUACGCAAAAAAAAGGAAAAAAACGGAAAAAAUAUCUGUAGAUAAUUUGCAAUAAUAAAAAUGUUAUUAUAAAUGUGUUAUAAAGCAAUAUUGACAUGUCAAUAUAUUGCUGCCAAUUAUUAAACAUGUAAUUAUUUUGAAGACAUACAAAGGUGUAGGAUAGUUAGUUAUAAACAAUAUGUAUAAAAAUUUA